UGUCGGUAUUUUUUACAUGCCCUUGCUUCUUGUAUGAAUUUUUCAACACACGUGUUAUUUCCUUCUUCUCUUGAUAAUUAGUUGAAAUGGGUGCGAAACAGAAGAAAGCCCCGCUAAAAUCAUCGGAUGACAAGUGCUCGAAUCCAACUCGAAAUAAAAGAGUUAGAAAUGCAAGCGAUACCUUUGCACCAAAUAAAAAGAAUCGGCCUGUCGUUGCAAAAUCAAACACUAAAGAAAACAAAAACGAGAUGGAGAGAAAGAAUGCAACAAGUAUUUCGACUAUAUCAUCGUGGAAAAAUUCAGUUGUACAUUUCGGGACUUCUGCAACUAUUGGAUCAAACGAUUAUCUUCGCAAUCUUGAACCUGUGAAAAAUGCUCUUGUGAACCACUUUGAAGGACUCAAGGUUUUCAAAGUCCUCAACCUUUUUGAAAGAAGAGUGACAUCUAUAGAAUGUCAUCCUAAAUACACUAAUUAUGUUGCUGCCGGCUCUAAAGGAGGUGAAUUGAUUCUAUUUGAUUUAAAUAGCCCCCGUACUGUUAGUUGUCCUGGGGUCGGUCCAGGGGGAUCAAUUGUAGGAUUGAAGUUUUGCAGGGAUGUUCCGUCUACUGUAUACACAGCUUCUGUUCCUUCUAUUGUAUACACAGGGAAUGUUAAAGAAGAAAAUAUGACUGAUCAAUCAAAGUCGAAAACCUUUCUUACAUCUGCUACAUUCGAGAAUUGGUUUGCAUCUUUAGAUGUUUGUUAUUCAAGAAAAUUGAUAUUUACCGGAGACUGUCGAGGCAAUGCUUAUUUAAUAACUACAGCUGGUCAGUGGGUUUGGCCAAAAAGCAAAAAAUUGCAUAGUGACAAAAUUUCUCAUGUGGAAUUUCAUCCCAGGGAUCCAAAUGUGUUUGUGACUGCAUCUAUAGAUCAUUCUGUAAAACUCUGGGAUUUAAGGAUGAUAGGUGACCCGGACUCAAAAGGAAGGUAUCAACCUACGGAAAUUUUUCCUCAUCUAAAAGGUGUAAAUUCAGCCUAUUUCAGUCCAUCAAACGGUUGUUCACUUUUGACAACAGACCAGCACAGUGAGCUGAGAGUUUAUUCUUGUGAAAAUUGGAAAAAAUUCAUGGUUAUUCCUCAUCCUCAUCGACAAUUCCGACAUCUAACUCAUAUUAAGGCCUCUUGGUUUCCUCUUGCUGAUAUUGUGGUGGCAGGACGUUAUCCUGACGACAACUUUAAGCAAGCUGAUUCACGCACAAUAGACUUUUUUGAUGGCAGCACGGGAAAUAUUCUUUACAGGAAAAAUUCAAAACUGAACAAAAUUCAUUCACUUAAUGUCUUCAACUCUUCUGGAGAUGCUAUGAUAUCUGCUACUGGAACUGCUCUGCUUGUUUGGAAAAAAGAAUGCUGUACUAGUUCUGACCGCUGUUUGCCUUGUCCUGUUAGUGGCACAAAAGGAGCUGAACGUGGAAGAAGACCUGCAUUAAAUAAAAAAGUUAAAAAUGUUACAAAGUUUUCGAAAUGUUGAUUUUUAUCUGUCGGUUAAUUCUGCAUUUCAUUUUUGCAUAAUUCAUUUAUAUAAAUUCAUUAUGUUACCUGCCCGCCCCCAUAUACGCACAGUAAUUGUUUAAAAACUGUACAUUUAUUCAAUUGUUAUUAUUAUUCGAGUAACAAUUUUCUGUUGUAGUUUCAAACUUUUUAUUAAUAUUUCUAUUAACAAGAGAGAAAGAGAAUGUGAGAUAAAUUUUGCUUUUUUGAAAAUCAUGCACAUAUUUUGUAUUUUAUAAAUGGAUAACUUACUUAGUAACCAUCAUCAUUAAUAGUUUGAAUUUAUUGAUAUUUUGCUGUCUAGAAGUUUUAAAAGUACAAAUAGUUUUUAAAUUCAAAUUAAAGUCAGUAAUAUUCAUAUUUACUCAGAAAUAAAUGUUUUUAGCUAUAAAAUAUUUCCUAUUUCAUAUAGUUUAACUUUGUAUUUUACUAUGUUAUGCUUUUCAUGCUGCAUUUACUAAAUCAACAUGGUACCGUUAUGUAAAUACAGUAUUUGUUCCCAAACCUGGCAACUACUAGACCGGCACAGUCCAAAUUUCUUAAUUUGGAGAAUUCAGAUUGCUACAUAAAAUUUCAACUUAGCUGACAUGAAAACUUAUUGAACUCACUGAUGAACUUUCAUUGACGUUUUUUAUUGUGUAGUUGAACUGUCCUAAUGCAAAUAAUGUUUGUUUAUUUUUUACCAACAGUGGGAACAAGUGAGAAAAUGACAUUUGGGUGCUUUGGACUAAUGAAAGAAAUUUAAAGUAUAGAAAUUUUACUUUAAUUAUCUUGUUAAACCCUAUUCUAAAGAGCAACCCUAACAAAACCCAUAAAAAUACUUUAAACCCCUACAAAUAUGUAUGAGUCACAAAACAUGACAAGGACAUGAAAAUGACCUUUUUUGUGGGAAUGACCCAUUUAAUGAAGCCACAUUUUAAAGAAAUAUAUAUUCCUUAUUGCCAAAUAACAUAAAUGAUGUUUAUGUUUGAUUUCUUUUUAUUUAUUAAUAUCUAUGCAUGUUCUUUUUGUCUACACAAGUAAAUGGCAUUUACUUCUUUGUGAUUUGUAAUUGUUGAAAGAAAUUCAAUUUAUAUUUUAUUGUUGAUACUUAUAAACAUUGUUAUUUAGUGCAGUUUUCUUACUUGUACAUAUUUUAUUGUAAAUUGUU